UGCCUGCUAACUUGUUUAAAUCAAUUACCUUAUGCCAAAUUUUCAAUCUAUCUCCAUCUUCAAAGGUAAACAGAGAAAGCAACAUUAAGAUUGAGAAAUGAGUCACGGAAUUGGUUCAGCUGGAAGAAAAUCAUGUCUCCAUAACUGCAUUACAUCAACCUUCUCAACCACAAACUCCAUGCUUCAACCUUGUUCAUACGUUGCUUUCAAUUCCCAUCUUCCAAAACUCAGUUUUCCCCUCAAAACUCAAUCUGGGUCUUUCCAAAACAGACCGAGGGCCUCUGUCGUUAACAGUUUGUACAUUGGCACAGAGAGUUUGUACGACUUGUUGGGCAUUUCAGAUAGUGGAACACUCACAGAGAUCAAGCAAUCUUACAAGCAACUUGUACGAAAAUACCAUCCUGAUGUGUCGCCGCCGGAAAGAAUAGAAGAACACACGAAGAGGUUUAUUCAGGUACAAGAAGCUUACGAGACUUUAUCCGACCCCAUAAGCAGAGCUUUGUAUGAUAAACAAUUGGCUUUGUCUUCGAGGAAAGAGGAAUUGGAAGAGAAAAGAGAGUGGCGGAAGCAAUGGCAGUCUCAACUGACACGGCUGAAGAGAAGGAGCAUGAGGCAGGAUUCGAGGGCCAACAUGUCACGGGGAGCUAGAAUGCGCAGGAGAUCAAAUCAAAACUAG